AUUGCUGUGGGCCCCAGGUCAGGCAGAAUAUCAUGGUAGUGAGUCUGAGGCUCAGAGAGCAAGACAGAGAGAGACAGGGAGAGAGAGAGAGACAGAGAGAGAGAGAGAGAGAGAGAGAGCGCAGAGAGCACUGUCCUUUAAAGCCACAUAGCCAACAAUUCAUCUGCUCCAUCUGACUCCCCGCAGUCACAGUCCAUCAUCUGUCAAGAGUCUUUUAAAACUUCAGUCCACCAAGGGGUUAAACCAGUGAUUAGCUCAACUCUCUCAUGAUAUAAUCUUCUCUGGAAACCACCCCAGACACACCCAGAGGCGGGUUUCACUAAUCUCCCAGGAACCUCUUAAUCCAAUCAAGUUGACUAUCAAGAUUUGCCACAGUGCUGCAUAUUUAAUGAAAGGAUUAAACAACCAACAGGUAUUUAAGAAAUGGGUGGGCCACUCUAGGCUCUACUACAUCCUGUGUCUCUGUGACAGCUCUCUUGGGCCUCUUGGGAUCCAGAUGGCUGCAGCAUGGAGCUGAGCUGCAGUACUGGCCUACUGGAAAAAGAAGCCCGGAGAAGGAGAAUUAUUCUAACCCAGAGUCAAAAGGACACUCUUCGUGUGUGGUUUGAAAAGAAUCCCAAUCCUGAUCUAUCUACCAGAGGACAUCUGGCUAAGGAACUCGGCAUCUCUGAGUCUCAAAUUAUGACUUGGUUUCAAAAGCACAGAAAAAUACGGAAGCAAGCAGACUUUGCAUGCUGCUCUGAAGAAAGCCAAGAGCAGGAACAGGAUAAACCUAGAGUUAAAGAAGCUAGAAGGAGCAGAACGCACUUCACAAAGUUCCAGACUGAUAUUCUAAUUGAAGCUUUUGAGAAGAAUCGGUUCCCUGGGAUUGUUACCAGGGAAAAACUGGCUCAACAAACAGGCAUCCCAGAAUCCAGGAUUCAUAUAUGGUUUCAGAACCGGAGAGCACGGCACCCAGACCCAAGACAGAACACUCAGAAAACUCCUCAUCCACCCCAGAACAGCCAGGGCCCUGCCCAGAAGACUACGGGUAAAGUCGCUCCUUCCAAAACUCUCACCAGCAGUUCUUCAGUUAUACUGCCUCUUUCUCCACCCCACACCCCAAAUGGUCCUUUGGAUCUCUCUCAGGGCCGUCAGAAGCAGUUACCAGGGACCACACUACAACAGCCCUCCCAGGUUGUACAGCAAAGGAGUGACGAUCAAAAUCCCAAUAAAGGUCACUCAUCACCGACAAAGACGACAGGAGAGGAGGGCUUCCAUUCUCAGCCUCCUUUACAGCUCCUAAUCCAAAACAGAGGGCAUCAUCCCAGUGAGAGCAGUGGUUUGGCGGUACCGCGCUUAGAAGAUUGUACUCAGGUUCCAGCUGUCAAUCAACACUUCCGGAAACUAGACCAAAAUGAUUCCACCUUUCUCCAACACUGGGACGAGUGGUUCGGAUCCAUGCUUGCUGAAUGGAUGCCUGACAAAGAAUACUGGUCUGAGAAAGCUGAGCUGCAUCCGUGGCAGGUGCAGCUGCGGCAGCUUUCCAGCAUGUCUCCUCAAGCACACCAAACUCCAUAGCAGUAGGUUUAAGCCUCAAGCCGUUCAUUCCUCUUGAGCACAGGUUUUCAGGACAAGAUCUCUUCCUUCGGCAACCAGGUCCCCACGUGGACUCCCGCGCAUGGCUUGGAGAGCUUCUCAGGAGAGUGUUGGGUUCUUCACAAGUACAUCAGUGACGCAGAUUCACGGGAACCUGCCCUCGGGCAUGAAAUCAGUGGCUAUAUUGAGGAAUAGGUAUGCAGAAUUACGGAACAAGUUCAAGUUAGUAUGUGCAUAAACCACAUGGACACAAAAAGGGGGCAAUUAUUUUUAUUCUUAAUUUAUUCUUGAGAUCUGAUCUCACUGUUAUUCUGGCUGGUCUUGAACUCCUGUGCUUAAGUCAAUUUCCUGCCUCAGCCUCCUAAAUAAUCGGUGCUACAAAUAUAUCCCUCCAUGUCCAUCCAUCUUGGUUUUAAUCUUAA